AAUGGGUUGUUGUUCAUCAAGAACAACUGAUGAAGAUUCUUUUGAACAUGAUGAAAAUACUGAAAUAUUUAUCCCAAGGGGAGGUAACAAACCAUUUUCUAAGAAAGGUGUCACAUGGACUUCUGAGACUUCUAUAACUAUAGGUCAAUUAAAAAAACAACGUGACGCGUUUUGGGAAACGGCUCCUAUAAUUUGGGAUGCCCUACGUCAUGCUUGCGAAUCUGAUGAUUUGGAAUAUGCUCAACUAAUACUUAACGCUGCUAAAAUAACAAUACCAACCGGUAAUUUGGUUGAUGGUUGCUACGAUGAACUUGGAAACAGAUAUGUAAUUCCUGCAUACUGCCUUGUUGAUCCUACAAACCUUAUUCGUGAUUAUGAAGAAGGUACUUCAGAUCAUGGUGAUGAAACAAAUUCCGAUCUAUUAUUAGAUCCAUCUGCUACUGAACAACUUCCUGUUAUAAUAAGGUUAUCCACUUCUGCUGAAGAUGUACAAAUUAAUGUUAAUCCUAAAAUAGAUACUAUUGAUACUUUAAAGAUAAAAUUAUGUGCGAAUCAAAAAAUCGAUCAAAAAAAGUUUACUAUCAGAUUUUUCUUUCUUGGUUCUUUAUUGGAUGGAAAAACUAAAUUGGCUGAUGUAAAAUUUGAUCAAGGUCAACUUUUACAAGCUUUGAUUAGUGAAAUUCCAUAG